UCGUCUUGGAACAGUGGUUGUAUACGUGCGGUUUGCCAAAAUACAUUUUAAAAAUAUAUCUUUCUGUUCGUACAUAUGUAGCCAUGUACAGUGAUUAUUUAAUUACAUAGCUUAUUUAAUUACUAACAAAAGUCCAAAGUAAAUGUACAAUUAAGAGGACAGACGCGGCGCCCUACAGCAAGAGACUAUUGAUUGGCAGUGUAUUGUCUGUAUAUUCACCGAACAGACUGGCGGUGGUAGCAGUGGGAGGUCUGCCAGGACAGUCACGGCUGAAGAUAAGAUACAUUAAUGACAGCUUUAUUUGAGUUCUAAAAACUGGAACAGCAGAUAGAUAUAAAGACAGAAACUGAAAGGAAACAUCUUAUUGCCUUCUUUAACAAUACAGACAGGGGUCCCAUCAAGAAGCAUGAGAAUGAAGGCAGGUAAACCAGAUAGCCAGGAGGCAAGUACCCUCCCGGGGGGGUUGUGGGUGUGGACCAAGAGUUAUGUCAAUGGGGCGGCAUCCACUUUGCUGGCCACUUUGGUGACCUUCCCCAUCUACAAGACCAUCUUCAGGCAGCAGCUUCACUCAGUGAUGGUACGGGAGGCUUUACGGCAGCUCCACAAAGAGGGGCUCACCAAAUUCUACAGGGGCGUCCUGCCUCCUCUUCUGGCUAAGACGGUGCAGGGGACAGUGCUGUUCGGUACCCAUGACACAGUACUGCACUGGUUGUCUCCCCAGCCCAAUCUGAACGGGCCCCAUUCCCUUUAUCACUGCUCCCUUGCAGGGAUGGUAUCUGGAUUUAUCGAAGCUCUGGUCCUGACUCCCUGUGAGAGGGUCCAGAAUGUGUUGCAAGACAGCCGCAAAGACGUCAGACUACCCACCAUCCGCAGCAUCCUACAGGAAUUCAACUCAUACGGAGUAGGGAAGAGGCUGAAGCUGGGGUAUUACAGGGGCCUCUUCCCCAUUAUUUUCCGAAAUGGCCUGGGCAGUGCCCUUUACUUCGGCUUCAAGGACCCCAUUCGUGAUGCCGUUUCGGAGAAGGGGCUGCCCAGCGGGGUCUCCUCCUUUGUUUCAGGGAGUGUCAAUGGCGUGGGGGUGAGCCUCCUGCUCUACCCUCUGAGUGUGCUCAUCACCAACAUGCAGGCGCAGGUGGGAGGGGAGAUGCGCAGCACAGGUCACUCCUUCAGGGCACUCUGGGAGUCCCGUCAAGGCAGGGUGUCCUUGCUGUACCGUGGAGGCUCCCUGGUUAUAUUCCGUUCCUGCAUCACCUGGGGACUGACUACUGCCAUCUACGAAUCCCUAAAGGAAAGAUCUGGGGGAAGCAGCUGAAAGGGGGGGGCCAGUCAGCAAGGGACUGUCUCUUACCUUCUUUCAGGUCACAUUAAUAGGAUAUCUUGACCAAGUUCAGUCAAACUCUUUCUAAAUCUCCCACGUCCUUUCAGCUUUGUACCUUAACUGCACUAGAAUACUAGUUUUGAGCUCUAUACACUAU